AAAACAUACAUACAUUAAAUGAUUGUAUCCAAACAGGAUCUGCUUCAUAACAAGGUAACGUACCCACCAAUACUCUGCAGACACAGCCUCCACAGUUUCACCUUAUCGAUUCUCUCUAUCACCUGUCCUUAUUGCAAAGCUUUCAACCCUAUGGUUAGUAAAUAACCCAACCCCACAAAAAAGAAUGAAGGAAUAUAGAACAAAAAGCAUUACAGAUGCUGUAUUGUAGUGUUUUUUUCAUGGUAUAAUGCUUGAACCCUCAUAUCUAGCUUUCAGCUCAUCAUCGCCUGCAAAUUGGGUAUAGGCUGUAUAGCAGAGAGAGAGAGACAGAGAGAGGGGGGAGAGGUGGGUGGUCACGAGUGGAUCAAGCAGGCAUUAUAUAUCACAGACACCGAGGAUACAUAGAGAAUCGUACCUCGCGACUCACCCAAAUGAUUACUCCACAAAGGGACAUGUCCGGAUCCACGUGUCCGUCGCCGUCCAUAGUUCUUCCCCAAUCCUCGAUUUUGCAGACACCUGUUUUCUCAAUCCAUGUUUUAUUUUUUUCAAUGUUUUCAAGGACCCAUUUCGUCCUUUGGCCAGAAAAUUAAUCUCUUUGGUUGAUCGAGUAUUGAUUUGAGCUUGGCCGUUCUUGGGUGUUCCUGGCUUCAUUGGGGAGCUGAGUACCGGUUAUUUCGUCUAAUUGGUUGAUGCGAGGUUUGUUCUGGUUUGAACAGGGAGACCCAUUUGGGUGUUUGGGUUAUUGAAGCCGUUUCUGGUGUUGUUUUGUUGAGGUUUUGAGGUGGGAAGGGUGGAUUGGGCAAAGAAAUGAAUGGGCAAGGUGAGGAACGCACUGCUUUUGAGAUAGGGGUGGUGGUGCCAAAGCGGGCCGUGAAGGAAAGAGAUGAGAGUUUUGAUUGCGUGGAGGUUCUUGUAGAGGAGUUUAAGCAGGCGGGUUUGACAGUUGAGAAGGUUAUUGGCAUUGCAGAUGAGUUUAUUAAGCUGGCUGCACCUUUGGAAACUUUGGGGAGGGCUGCAGCUGAGUUGCAAAUAAAGAAACCAACUCAUAUUGGAAUGGAUUUACAAUUUGAGUGGGAUGAGGUUGAAGCUUUUGUGAGACAGCCGGAUGGUUCAUUGUUUAGUUGGUGGGAGCGAUUUCGUUGCUUCAAUCACUUAAUCUAUGGAAUUGUGAACAAGAGAAAUUCAGCUGUUAGUCUAAAAUUUGAUGGCAAAGAGUUCCAUUGGGAACUUGGGGAAUCUUUACUUAAAAGGUUGGAAGCAGAGGGCAUAGUUAAGCAAGUCUUUCCUUUGCAUGAUGAAAUAAAAAGGAAGCAGCUGUUGAGGAAUUGGGCACUGAACUGGUGGGACUUUACAAGUCAACCAAUUGAUGAUAUCUAUUCAUAUUUUGGGACAAAGGUUGCAACCUAUUUUGCUUUUCUUGGAAUGUAUGCACGCUGGAUGCUCUUUCCAGCAGCUCUUGGGAUUAUGUUGCAAUUGGUUGAUCUAGGAUCAUCACAGUCAAUGAUGCUUCCUAUUUUCUUUAUAAGCAUAAUAUUAUGGGCUGUAAUGUUUUUCCAGUUCUGGAAACGCAAAAACGCUGCCCUUUUAGCAAGAUGGCAAAUUAGUUACUCAGUUGUAGCAGAUCCAGGCUGUAAAGUUUUGGGCUUGGAUUGGAGUUCUCUCCAGUCCCCUGUUGAACUUGUAAAGAAAGUGGGGACUGAUAGAGCAAGAGAAAAAGAAGUGUUCCAAAGAGCUGAAUGGUUUGGACAUAUGAUGAGAUUCAGAAACGAUGUUAUCAUUUUCUUGACUAUAAUAUGUCUCCAAUUGCCGUUUGAAUUAGCUUAUGCUCAUCUUUAUGAGAUUACCCGUCCAGAUGCUUUGAAGUUUGGGCUUACAGCCGUAUAUCUUCUUGCAAUUCAGUAUUUUACAAAAAUUGGGGGCAAGAUAUCUGUCAAGCUCAUUAAACAUGAAAGCAAUGAAAGCACAGAAUAUAGGGCCGACAGCUUGGUUUACAAGGUAUUUGGUCUUUAUUUCAUGCAGUCAUAUAUUGGGGUCUUCUAUCAUAUCCUUUUACACCGUGACUUUAAAACCCUUCGCCAAGUCUUGAUUCAGCGUCUGAUUGUGUCUCUGGUGUUGGAAAAUCUGAUGGAAAACUCUUUACCCUAUCUCAAAUACAGUUACAGAAAAUAUGGAGUUCGGCACAAGAAAAGACAUGAGAAGGGAUCAUCAACAGGGAAGAUCCAGUUCACUUCUCGGGUAGAGAAAGAAUACCUGAAACCUUCUUAUUCAGCAAGUAUUGGAGAAGAACUUGAAGAUGGACUUUUUGAUGACUUUCUGGAGUUGGCGUUGCAGUUUGGAAUGAUUAUGAUGUUUGCCUGUGCCUUCCCCCUUGCAUUUGCCUUUGCGGCAUUGAACAAUGUAACAGAAAUCAGAGCAGAUGCGCUGAAGCUGCUUGCCAUGUUGAAGAGGCCAGUUCCUCGUGCUGCUGCAACAAUUGGAGCUUGGCUUAACAUCUUUCAGUUUCUGAUAAUAAUGUCGAUAUGCACCAACUGCGUACUUCUUGUAUGCUUAUAUGAUGUGGAGGGGAAAUGGAAAAUAGAGCCAGGACUUGCAGCAAUCCUCAUCAUGGAGCAUGUUCUCUUGCUGAUUAAAUUUGGGUUCUCUCGCUUUGUUCCUGAGGAACCCGCUUGGGUAAGAGCCAACCGAAUGAAGAAUGCAACUCACGCACAGCACAUGUGUUCAAAGCAGCUUUUAAGGAGCAUUUCUGGAGGAGAAAAGAUGAUCUUGGGUGGAGGAAAGAAGACCGAGUGAGCGCAGACUCAGAGAGACAGGUGCCCUCUGCUGGCACUAGCUAGAAAAGAGCAAGAAUCAGAAGAGAUGAUGGUCUCCUUUCUCAUAUCAGACACCAAGUUUUGAAGUUCCGGCUACAAUUGUGAAUGGGUAACUGUAAUCACAACUGAAUUUUCUUUUGUUUUCCCAUUGUGGAAGGAUUUUGGUAGAUACAGAUCAAUAUUGGAAGUAGAACACAUGGGUUAUUCCCUUAAUUGGAUUGUGGUAUCACUCAAGGGUUCUCUUCUCUUCAUCCUGGUGAAUCCAAACAACUUCUCCCAA